GUUAGAGCAGCGGAGCUUUUUGAAAACGUUGGCGGCGGAGAAAACAAGAAGCUAGCGCUUUCAUCGACAUUUAAACAUUCAUACCACAGUACUUCCCAAGAUGCAGAAUAAGGAAAAUUAUGAGCCUCGAGGUUUCCAAGGAACGUACACAACUCCGAGCAUGGUGGCGGGUCCACAGCGCGUUCAGGUGAAGCCACGAGCAGAUUUGGACAAAAAUGCCAUCACAGGUCCUGGGAGGGAGCGUGUGGCCACAUCUUCAAGUGCAGUCGCAAAGAAGGUCUCCAUUGACGACUUUGACAUCGGUCGACCACUAGGAAAGGGGAAAUUUGGUAAUGUCUACCUUGCGAGGGUGAAGAAGCUGCAAGCCAUCGUAGCUCUGAAGGUUUUGUUUAAGUCACAGAUGGAAAAAGAAGGUGUGGAGCAUCAACUCAGGAGAGAGAUUGAGAUUCAGGCUCAUCUCAAGCACCCAAACAUCUUGCGCUUCUACAACUAUUUUCAUGACAGAAAGAGAGUGUUUUUGGUGCUUGAAUAUGCCCCACGGGGUGAAAUGUACAAAGAGCUUCAGAGGUGUGGAAGAUUUGAUGACCAGCGUACCGCUACAUACAUGGAGGAGAUAUCUGAUGCCCUGAUGUACUGCCAUGAAAAGAAAGUGAUUCACCGUGACAUUAAGCCAGAGAAUCUGCUUCUUGGCUAUCGGGGAGAGCUCAAAAUUGCAGAUUUUGGUUGGUCUGUUCACGCACCUUCUCUCAGACGUCGUACGAUGUGCGGGACGCUGGACUAUCUCCCUCCUGAAAUGAUUGAGGGCCACACCCAUAGUGAGAAAGUGGACCUGUGGUGCAUUGGGGUCCUCUGCUAUGAAUGUUUAGUUGGAAACCCACCUUUUGAAACUGCCAGCCACUCAGAAACAUACAAAAGGAUUAUGAAGGUGGAUUUGAAGUUCCCCAAAGUCAUCUCAGAUGGUGCACGAGACCUGAUCUCCAAGCUGCUCCGCCACAACCCCAUCGAUCGUCUCUCACUACAGAGUGUCAUUGACCACCCAUGGGUGCACUCAAACUCCCGCAGAGUCCUGCCUCCUUCCUGCCCCGCUAAGAAAUCCUGAGUCCAGUUCACCAAGGAGUCUUUAAUCUGCCCUUCACAAGAGACUUUCAGCAGAUGUUUCAGCUUGUUUCGGUUUCACUGCCACUCUCUGGCACAUUUUAUGAUGGGUGUACAUGGAUCCCCUUGAUUUUAUAUUGUACAGUGUGAUGUCAUUAUCUAUGUCUAGGUAUUUAGAGGUAUUUUGUGUGUUUUACAGUCUUUUUCUUCAAUAGCUUUUUAAAAUGUACACUGCUCUGUCUGAUAUUUCUCUCCGAUGGUGUUGACACCAAAGUGCUACUGCCUCAAGAUGAGAUAUUUUAAAGUUGUUUGUGGGUGAAUAUUAACUUAUUUUGCCCCAGGCUGUUCUUUAAAUUUCUAAUAAAUUUUCUUUAAGGA